AUGGGGAAAUUGCUAGGAGCCUUCGUUUCGUUUGUUGCACUAUUUGUGGCCAUUCUCGUUGCCCGUUACUUCAAUCGGGAAGAUAUAAAAGCUGACAAAAUCCAAAGACCAUUUGAUCCAAUUAAUACGCUUCUGCGCAACCAAAGGCAUCACGUCGACGAGAUGUGCAGUGAAACAACGAAAUUUUGCUUUACCAUAACAGAUAGACUAGAAAAUACAAGCGGGCGAACUUUGGCAUUCCGCGGUUUGCGCCUGAAGGGUUCAGAUGGAGUUCUUUUGCUUUCUGAAGCUAGACUUCUUAUACCUAAAAAGCUGACCUACCGAAAUAUUGAUACAGCAAAGUGGAAAAUAGACAAAACAACGGUUCGUCUGCUAUAUGCGCGAACCAUGUUAGCGGGAGUUUUCUUUAGUGAAGCAGUUGAACUGAAUUCGCCAACAGAAUAUAAAAUUCUUAUACUUGGAUUGGGAGGCGGCGUGAUGAAUAACUAUCUGAGCACAAUGCCAAACCAGAAGGUAAAUUCUUGAAG